CUUGUAAAUUUGCUGUAUAGUACCUUGGCCAGACUGUUGUCGCGGUUGCCUAAUUGCUGCUAGCGCUGACUGGUUCCUGGUGACGAUGGUGAGGUGCCUAUGGCAGGCGUUGGCCGGAAUCCUCUCCAAGGCCAUUGCGAUGGCUGCUGUAACGGUCUCAGGUAGUAUAUUGCAACUAGCUGAUGACGACUCUACGAGUACACUGAACUUGGAGAAGAAAAGGAGAGACGACAGACUCUGGUAGCUCGCAAGCAUACUUAUCCUCGUAGGCGCGCUGGUCUGAGCGCGUUGCUAGAAAGUUCGGUGUGCUGUGGGGCGAGUGGGAAUAGCCUCAUCAGG